AUGCCUCCUGGUGAGGUGUUGGCACGUCCAACGGAAAGAGGCCCCAGCGAAGACCCAGACACACUGGACGGACUACAUCUUGCGGGGACAGCACUGAGUCUUCAUUCGGUUUGUUUGAAAUCAGUGAUUUUUAUCUGUUUGUCUGAGACAAACUGGAGGAAACCACCAGCAGUGUGUGUAUGUGUGUGUGCCGGAGUAUUUACUAGAACCCCGUACGCGAUUUUUGGGGUGAAAAUGCAUCCAGUCCGUGUGUCAAUUCCGUCGUUUCGUUCAGAACACAGCUCGAUUGAGAGAGGAUAUACGGUGUUUAGAAUUGAUGUGCUAAUAAAUGGGAGACUACAUACUGUUGAGAAACGCUACAGUGAAUUCCACACUUUGCACAAAAUGCUAAAGAAGAGCAUAAAGCCUCCUGAAAUCCCUUCUAAACAUGUCAGAAACUGGGUUCCCAAAGUCUUGGAGCAGAGGAAGCAAGGCUUGGAGCUCUACCUGCAGACUAUAAUUAUGGAAAAUGAGACUCUUCCAAAAAUAUUCCUGGAUUUCCUGAACAUCCGCCAUUUUCCCUCAGUGCCAAAAAUGGAGAGCUGCGGCUCCUUUGAUGCAGAAUCAAUGGAAUCCAGUAAACUUUCUCAUCAGCCGGUCAUGCUGUUUCUGAGAGACCCCUACCUGCUGCCAUCUUCACACGAUUCACUGGCUAAUGUCGUGAUUGAAGGUGUGAUUCAUGGGGUUUUCUAUCCAGAUCUUCAGCCAAGGUAGAGGUGCAGACAUAUUUGGAGGGCCCAUCACCACGAAUGGAAGCUUCAUGUUCUAACACCAUUUCAGGUGUGCUUCAGGAGGAAUAUAACACGUUUAGAAACACUGAGCCUCAUUAGUAUGAUUGAAAGCAUUUAACAGAUCCAAUAUUUUAUUCACUUAGAAAAGAUGCCUAAUCUCUACUUAACACUUUAAAACAUGAACACUAACUCAUUCAUUGUUCAUAUGUUCAUUAACACUUAUACAAGUUUCAGUUGAGAACGUUUCUUUAAGCUAUAUGUGAAACAGUUUUGAUGUGAUCCAACUCUGAUCUUAAACAUCUGCACAGUGACAACUGGAAAUAUGAGAAGAUGCUUUUCUGUUUAGGGAGGAACUGAGAGAUGCAGUAGAUUGCAGUAGAAAGGAGAUGAUGAUGAUGAUGAUGACUGCUGGAUGAAUACUUAAGUUUUUCCAGGGUCAGAGAAUGAAGCAUCUUCGAAUCAUGUCGCAAGAGUUGUGAUGUGGAACUGCAUGGUUCAUGGCCUGCAAACAGGAAGGUGCCACUCCCUUUUUAGCUCAUUAGAUGUAUGUGUGUGUUUUUUUUUUCCAUUUGUUUUGAGCUGCCAAAUGAAGCUAGCUGACAGUGUAGUGAGUUGUAGUGGUUUUUGGUGGAGUUGUGAGCUAUGUGUCACAUGUUCAGAAAAAGGCUGUGACAGUGAUGUGGAACUUUAUUAUGGCGCCCAUGAGACGGUACUGUGUUGUUGACAGUGGAGCUCCUGCACUCUGCUCGGCUUCUGGAGCAGCUGCUCAGAUCUGUGAAGGGAUGAGUUUGAGGCUUUGGACAAACAGCCAGUUUAAAACAUAACUACAAAAGAUUUAAAGCAUGGCUCAGCCUGGGUAAAGAUGAAAAAAAGGCAGCUACUAUGGCCUAACUUUUACCGUUUUUUGAUCAGCAUAGCUCUGCUUCUUGAUUUCGCUCCAUUCAUGACUGGAGGGACCUUGGUGGUGUGAAGCAUCCCUGAAUGUGUUGCCACUGAUUUUGAGAGAAAUCAUAAAGAUGUGUCACCAACAGGGGUCGUUUCAUAUCCACUUUCAACCCUAUCCACUUUUAAAAUAUGACACACAGAUUGUUGUCUUUUAGCUGGAAACUGAUUCUUUGGGUUAUGAAAGAGUUUAUUUUUAGUUACGGUGAUCGAAACGGUGCCAAAUUAGUUGUAUCAACUAAAACAGAGCAAAGCUUUCAUUUAAAAAAGUAAAAAAACCUAAAUCUUAAGGUCAAAGUUUUGAGGUAUUUUUACAAAAUAUUGCAAUAUUUAUGUCACUGAAGAUCGCUGUUUAGCGCUAACAGCAGUCACAUCAUAUUUAAAGUAGAGUUUACACAUGUUGAAUUUGUAGUGAUAAAAGGGUUGAGUGUCAGAAAAAGGGAUGCAUUGGUGCGAUUAAAGACUUUCAGCCAGUGAGAUAUUGUGCAAUACAAAAUAUAACAACUAGUCUUUGUUGUUCUUUUUUUUAUCAACAAAAUCUGUGAAAUUACAAAACAUCUCAAGUUGUGAACGUUAAACGUGAAAAAAACCUGCAGAUUUUGUGAACCAUUGUGCUGCAUGUGAUUUUUUUUGGGUCAUUAAUCAAUGAACUAACUGUUUGAACGGCCUUGUAGAGCUUUUUAAUAUGAGUAGACCAUGACUACACAACACUGAUAACUAUAUAUUUGUAAUUAAUGGAAUAAAAUCUGAAUCUCAACAGCUAUUUAAAAAAAAUCAUGAUUUUGUUUUAACAAACAUAAUUUCCUAGAAAUUAAUAAAAUAAUUGUUUAUUUUGUGUAACAUUGUGCUCUAUUUGAAGUGUCAUUUGUGUGCCAUAAUGUCAAACUACAGUGAAAUUUUAUUGUAGCACUUUAACAUGAACACUUUGUAAGCCUCCACCAAUAAAAUUAAAUAUUUCCACAAACCUU